AUGGCUGUGCCAGUCCUUGAAGAGUGGCAAAGAGAAAAAUCCUGCAAAGGCUUGCUGAUAGCGUUCACAGUGACAGCCCGAAAGUAUGAUUCUAAGGGCCAUGGGUCUGGAUUUCCAGGAAAGCGGAGACCUCGAGGUGCAGGACUGUCGGGGCGAGUUGGCCGAGGCAGGUCAAAGCUGAAAAGUGGAAUCGGAGCUGUUGUAUUGCCUGGGGUGUCUACUGCAGAUAUUUCAUCAAAUAAGGAUGAUGAAGAAAACUCUGUGCUCGAUAUGGUUGUGUUGUUUUCUAGCAGUGACAAGUUCACUUUGAAUCAGGAUAUAUGUGUAGUUUGUAGCAGUUUUGGCCAAGGAGCAGAAGGAAGAUUACUUGCCUGUUCUCAGUGUGGUCAGUGUUACCAUCCAUACUGUGUCAGUAUUAAGGUGUGUUUGGUGCAGACACUGUGGAGCAACAUCUGCAGGUCUAAGAUGUGAAUGGCAGAACAAUUACACACAGUGCGCUCCUUGUGCAAGUUUAUCUUUCUGUCCAGUCUGCUAUUGAAACUAUAGAGAAGAAGAUCUUAUUCUGCAAUGAAGACAAUGUGAUAGACAGAGUCUUGUUCUGUCGCCAGGCUGGAGUGCAGCGGCGCUAUCUCGGCUCACUGCAAACUCCACCUCCGCCUCCUGGGUUCAAGCGAUUCUCCUGCCUCAGCCUCCGGAGUAGCAGGGACUACAGAUGGAUGCAUGCAGUUCGUCAGAACUUAAAUACUGAGGAAGAAGUGGAAAAUGUAGCAGACAUUGGUUUUGAUUGUAACGUGUGCAGACCCUAUAUGCCUGCGUCUGAUGUGCCUUCCUCAGACUGCUGUGGAUCUUCACUUGUAGCACAAAUUGUCACAAAAACCCACCCAAGACUUAUACCCAGGAUGGUGUGUGUUUGACUGAAUCAGGGAUGACUCAGUUACAGAGCCUCACAGUUACAGUUCCAAGAAGAAAACUGUCAAAACCAAAACUGAAAUUGAAGAUUAUAAAUCAGAAUAGCGUGGCCGUCCUUCAGACCCCUCCAGACAUCCAAUCAGAACAUUCAAGGGAUGGUGAUAUGGAUGAUAGUCGAGACACAGCCGCUGUCGCUGCCAUCUGGCGCGCCGCAGACUCCCGAGAACAGCCCUGGCUGUCAGCGGGCACCAGCCGCUUCCUGUGCCCAUCGCGGAGACUG